GCAGAAAUAUGGCAAGAGUGUGCUAAAGCUCAGGCAGUUGCUUCCCUCUUCACAACGCUUUGCGCUCAGGCUCAUACUCACGGUUUCACCCAAUAUACCGAUGUGACUCGUCCCUUCACAUCGCAGAUGAUGUUGUCAAACGGUGUUGACUUUGUAUUUGCCGUGGGACAACUCAAUACGCUAGCCAUCAAUAUUGAAUGCGAUGGUUUUGACAAUCCGAAGACUAACGUAUGUCAUGUUGAGUCUCCUAUACGACUAUAUGACGCUUUUAGAGAAGGAAAAUUCUACCAUAUGACUACAGAAGGUGAAAAAGAAGGCUUUAACUCCAAAGUGUUACUUAGAAUUCUACAGAUGUUAUUACGGGAUUGA